UAAAACCUCCCACCAAAGAGGCCUAAGGUUCCAUUCGCAUUCGCACCUCUCUCUCAGUCGUCGAGCCGUCAGUCUCUCCUCACUACCGUUCCCUCUCUGUCUCAGUCGCUGGUCUCCGCUCUCUGUAGAAGCUGUGUUUCGCUGGAUCUCAAUCUAACCCACUUGUCUCAGAUAGUGGCAGCAGCAGAUUUGGUGUUUGCAUUACAUUUAAAUGGGUUGGAAGGCUGCCGAAAAGCUUAUUAGGCACUGGAAAAUUCUUAGAGGAGAUAAUGUGAUGAUCAUUAGAGGCAAGGAUAAAGGAGAAACUGGUGUAAUUAAGCGUGUCAUUCGCACUCAAAAUCGUGUUAUUGUCGAGGGCAAAAAUCUGGUGAAGAAACAUAUUAAGCAAGGACAAGGUCAUGAAGGUGGAAUCUUUACCGUUGAAGCUCCCCUCCAUGUAUCAAAUGUCCAAGUUGUUGAUCCAGUAACAGGGAAGCCUUGUAAGGUUGGUAUUAGAUAUCUUGAAGAUGGUUCUAAAGUACGAGUUUCAAGAGGGAUUGGAGCCUCUGGAUCUAUAAUUCCUCGUUCAGAGAUCUUAAAGAUAAGGACUACUCCCAGACCUACAGUUGCUGGUCCCAAGGAUACUCCAAUGGAUGUGGUUCUGGAGAAAACUUAUGAUGCUAAAACAGGGAAGGGCAUGCCUGAACUUUAGAAGUUACUUAUCUUCAAUUCAGAAGACAUGGUUGUACUAGGUUGGAAAAUAAUCAGAAUGUGAGGAUAGAUACAUCUUUGUUGUAUUGGGCGGCAACUUGUAUUUUAUUCCCCUGAUUGUCGUUUACAAUUAUUUUAGAUUAAUAUUCAUGAGGAUGGCUUUUGCAGGAACCACUCUGAUCUUCUGAUGGUUAUAUGAUGGAAGGAAAUGGUUUUGAACUUAAACUUUUGGUGUGUAACUGUAAUACAUUUUUCCUUUCCGAGCCGCUGCUCCAGGAAAAAAAUCUCAUCUCCGUUGAAAAUCCUCCAUCUAGAGAAUAUGUAUUUCUUUCUCCACUCACAUUGAAAUUUUUCCCGACUCCUUGGGACUUAGACUAA